GCGGCGCCUCUCCUGCUCCUCCACCUCAACGGCGGCAGCACUCGUCGACUCCCCGCAUCCAAACCUAGCCUCCUCCUCACAUCCUGUGCGCUAGCAGCCGUACGGGUUAAAGAUCCAACUCCCCACCCCUCCUCUCCUCAUGGAAAUUUGGAUCUAGACCCUCCUCUCUUCUUCUUCUUCUCCCCCGCGGCACGGUCCAGCGGCGGAUAUUCAUGAUGGAUGGAUAUUUAAUCCUUGACACUGAUCAGGAACAAUCAGUAAAUGAUGCAUGGAGUGCAGAAGUACUACUGUCAGACGAAUUGGGGAUGCCCACAAACUCAGCGGACCUUUCACAGCAGCUUGCUGAAGAACAAAACCAUUUACAUGAUAUUCUGGGAAUCAAUGAAAUGCCAAUCAAUGACGCAGGCGAUGGAAGUGAUUCAGACAGCAGCUCAGGGAGUGAGACAGAUAAAGAACCAGGAAAAUACUUCUAUCCUGGUUCUAAGGAAUUGGUUGACCCAAGACCACCACAAGUUGGAAUGAGAUUCCCAAUCCUUGAAGAUGCAAACAGAUACUAUAGUGCACAUGCUCUCCUGACUGGUUUUGUGGCAAUCAGGGGACCAAAUUUCAUGAGAAAGAAGUUUCACCUAGAAUGCAACAGGAGCCGCAAAUUAGCCCCAUCUCAGGACCUCAAGAGGAAGCGGGAAAUAUAUUCUGUAAAUAAGACACCGUGUGAGGCAAAGGCAGUGGUGAAGCCUGUUAAGGGGCAAUGGGAGUUCACUGCAAUUCAGAGUGAGCACAACCAUCCGUUAUGUCCAAGCCCGUCGGCCACAAGAUUCUUCUUGAGCUGUGAACACAUGUCAACUGAAGAAAUGUCGUUUUUAAGAGCUAUGCAACAAAGUAGCAUACAUCCCAAGAAAGCUGUGAAGAUUUUUAAGAGAAUGAGGGGCACUUUGGGGAACUUACCAUUCAAGAAAAAAGAUGUGAAUACCUCAGAGGGUGCAGAUCAACAAAAGAGACCAAACUCAGAUGUUGAAGCAGCAGUGAAGCACUUGAAGGAAUUGGAGCGGAAAAACCCAUGUAUUUCCUUCACCAUGCAAACAGAUGAAGAUAAAAUAGUUACAAGUCUUCUCUGGACUGAUGUGAGGUCGAGGAUAGAUUAUGAGAUCUUUGGAGAUGUCUUAUCGUUUGAUACUACCUAUAGCACAAAUAGGCACAAUAUGCCUUUCGUUCCUAUUAUUGGAAUGAAUGAGCAUGGGAGAACUCUUGUUUUUGGAUGUGCCUUGUUACAAGAUCAGACAGUUGAAACCUUCAAAUGGAUGUUCCAAACAUUCUUGCAUGUAAUGGGAGGGAAAAUGCCAAGAGCAAUCAUGACAGAGCAGGAUGAAGCUAUAACAAAAGCAAUUGCAGAUGUCAUGCCACAAGUAAGCCACAGGUUUUGUAAGUUGAGUGUAAUGAGGAAAGCACGGGAAAGUCUAGGAGCCUUUAUAGCAGCAGGAGGCAACAUAAAUACAGAGUUGCAUAGCUUGGUUAACAACUCUCUGACAGAAACAGAAUUUGAGGAAGGAUGGGGUGCGCUCAUUGAGAGAUACGGUGCAAGUGGAAACGAGCACCUACAACUCGUGUGGGAAACGAGAAAAAAGUGGGUUCCUGUUUAUUUCAAAGCAGAUUUCUAUCCAUUUAUUGAAACAGCUAGACGAGGUGAGGGGACAAACUCACUAUUCAAGGACUAUGUGCUUCCGAAGGACAGAAUAGAGAAAUUUCUCGAAAAAUAUGAAGACAUACAAGAGACUACAAUAAAAACGGAUGAUGAAGAUAGACUGCAAUCCAGAACUGAACCUUCAUGUUUCUCAAUGCAGCCAAUUGAAAAGCAUGCAGCAGGUAUUUACACAAGGCAAAUAUUUCUGAAAGUACAGAGAGAGCUACUCCAUUCUACAGCAUUCAACGUGCAGGAGAUUCAAACGGGGGCAGUGUACAGACUGGACAAGGUAUUCAACUACGAGAACCCAGAGUUUGAUAGAAAUUCCUUCGAGGUGUUAGUUGAACCUGGCACCAACGCAAUGAAAUGUGAAUGCGGAAAGUUUACUAGGGAUGGUAUACCGUGCUGCCACAUAUUCAGAGUCUUCACACAGUUUGGGGUCAAUGAAAUACCAGAGCAAUACAUAGUGCCCAGGUGGACUGGCAAAUUUAGAGAAGAGCAGAUGAAACAGUCCAAGGAGAAGUGCUUGGACAGCCAUGGCGUAGGCAAAUCAGAAAAUACGAUGAGGUACGCAAUGUUACUGAGUAAGGUGGCUGACAUUGGCACAGAAAUAUGUGGCGAUGGCUCCAAGUGCAAUAAAUUCAGGCUGGAAUUUGAUAAAAUUCGAGGAAAAUUGCCAACAGCGACAGGAGUAACUCGUGGAAAUAAUGGCAGUUAGGCAGUACUCGUGCACACAGGCUCUGGGAACAUGCACUUAGCAGCUGCAGCAACAGCCAGGCAGCGGCGCGCCUGUGUGGUGGCCAUCCAGUGCAUCAACAAGAGUCGGUUGUCAAGUGUUGACGGACAUCAGGAACCACGACGAAUCCUUAGGGCCUUGGAGUUAGGAUUUAGGAGAGUCAGUUAAAUUAUUGUCAUUGCGCAUGUCCAGGAGACUCAUGCAAAAUAGUUAGGGUUCAGGAGAUCUAGGUUGUCAGCGCAUGGUCUGUUCAGGAAAAUGCUGACAUGAGUAUAUUUAUUUUAAUUACAGUUUUAAUGUUU